AUGAAAAGUAAUCUCCUUUGUGUGGAUCAACUUCAAGAUUUUGGUAUAAUUGUGAAUGAUGUGCCCCUCCAACGUCUAAAGCGCAAAGAUCGCAAUCAGUAUUCGCAUUCACUUAUUGAUGAAAACUUGGGGUUACAUAUCCCAAUGGACUUCCUGAAGCCUAUUAGCUUCUUUGCCUGUCGCAAACCUGCGCUGUCUGAACUUGAUGAAAAAUUUUCGGUGGAGAUGACCAGUUCCGCCCCUUGGGAACCUUAUGACCCGGAAUCCUCUCGCAUCGAACAAAAUUUACGACGUGAAUAUCAAGGAGACCUAGCCACUCAACAAAUCUAUUCUGUUGAACGCUCUGAUCCCAACUACCGCUCUAUUUGCCCACUCGCUCUUCCUAUCGCUUCAGGGGACAGAGUUGAGGCGACCAUCAAUGGUGUUAAAACCGAUGGCAAGAGUUAUUUGGUCAAACCUGAACAACUCAUUAUUUUGGGAAAAGGAGAAAAGCGAGCCAUUGUCCUUCCGCCAGUGCGAGAAAUUGCAAAAGGCCUCAAAUGUCUGUAG